UGUAAACUGUAAAUCCCACCUAAUCUUAAAUAUCGCGGGGUUUGCUUUGAAACGAUACGUGUUGGUUGUAUAAACUUUUACCGAAUUCGACUUCAGAUCAAUAAGAAUCAUUGUAAAUAAAUCGACGAGAUGUCUGUGAUCAGGAAUUUUACCUGCGAUGAUUUAUUUAAGUUCAAUAACAUGAAUUUGGAUCCUUUAACGGAGACAUAUGCAUUAUCAUUUUAUAUGCAGUACAUGGCACACUGGCCAGAAUGCUUUCAAGUUGCAGAAUCCCCAGGCGGUGAAAUCAUGGGAUAUAUUAUCGGAAAGGCCGAGGGACAUGGAGAGAAUUGGCAUGGUCACGUAACGGCAUUGACGGUGGCACCUGAUUAUAGAAGGCUUGGUCUUGCGGCAAGGUUAAUGAAAUCGUUGGAGCAAAUUUCAGAGAAGAAGCAAGCAUACUUUGUCGAUCUUUUUGUACGUGUCAGUAACAAAGUAGCAAUCAAAAUGUAUCACGAGCUGGGAUAUAUUAUUUAUAGAACAAUUUUAGAAUAUUACAGUGGUGAUCCCGAUGAAAAUGCUUAUGAUAUGAGAAAAGCUCUCUCAAGGGAUUCUAAGAAAAAGUCUGUAAUACCACUCGCACAUCCGGUACGUCCAGAGGAGGUUGAUCAAUGAAUUGAAAAUGUACGGCCAGUUCUAUAAAAUAUCAGUUUGUAAGAACAGAUUCUUAACCGUGUAUCUCUUGCACAUACAUUGUGUUUAUGCUACUGUUACCGAGUGCCAUUUGUUUUUAUAAGUAACCUAUAAAUCGUGGGUUUACAAUUUG